AUGCUUCAUCGUGUGCGCGUUGAAGAAGUUGUUGAUGAUGUUGAAAAAGAAGUUGAAGAUGAAAUUGAAAUUGAAGAUGAAGAUCACGUUGAUGAUGAGGUUGAUGUUGAUGGUGAACUUCACAAAGCUGAUGAUAAGAUUGAAGAUGAAACUGAAGAAGCAGUCGAAGAGCUGGAUGAUGAUGACGAGUUUGUUCUUGUUGUUCUUGUUGGUUUUGCAUGGUGUUCAAGUCAGGAGUCAUCUUGA